AUGGAUCCUCCGCGAGGGAGAGCUAGAGGCCGAGGUAGGGCCAGAAGGGCCGGUAGAGCCAAAGGGGCAGGUGGGGCCAGAGGCAGAGGUAGGGCUCCACCUGUGGAUGAUUUCUUUGAGGAGGAGGUGGUGUUGGAGGAGCCGGUGCCAGUCGCUGUAGAUGAUGGUCUACGAUUGGCCAGGCUGGCUCAGGGUAUCAUUAGGUUAGGAGCGCCUUCCUUUCUUGGAGGUACGGACUUCCUAGUAGCGGAUCACUGGAUAGAGGGCAUGGAGACAUACUUUACCCUUAUCACGUGUACGGAGAUUGAGAAGAUGCGUAUUGCUACGUUUCUUCUCAAAGAUGAGGCACGGGUAUGGUGGAACGGGGUAGAGAGAGCUAGAGAUGUGACCGCUUUGUCUUGGGAGGGGUUCGUACAGCUCUUUCGGGAGAAGUAUUUUCCUGAUACUGUGAGAGAGCAGUUGGAGCUUGAGUUCAUAGCUCUAGUGCAGGGCUUGAUGAGUGUCAGGGACUAUAAGGCACGUUUUUCUCAGUUGUAUCGAUUCGCGAGAGAGAUGGAUGCAGUGGCCUUGCCACGGAAGUUUAUUCGGGGUUUGAGGCAUAAGCUCCGGAAUGUUGUAAGUUCACACCGUUUUGCUACUCUAGCAGAAGCGGUAGAGAGUGCCCUUGCAGUUGAGCAGGAGGAGGCCAUGCAUGAGGCUGAGGGACUAAGAGAUGUGCAUGGGAAGGGGAAGGCCGUUGCAGGAGGCAGUGGCUCUGAGGGUCUUCAUGGUGCGUCUGGGAAGAGGCAGCGGACCGAUCAGCAGGCUCUAGCUACGGUGCCAGCUGCACCUAUCCGACAGGUAGAGCCCUUGAGAUGCUACCGUUGCGAUGGGUUAGGACAUAUUGCUAGGGAGUGCCAUAAGCGGAAGACUCAGGCUUGCUAUAGUUGUGGGCAGGUGGGGCACCUGGCUAGGGAGUGUACUCGACCUCAGGAGGACAGAUAG